UGAUAUCUCUCCUUGGGAAGUCUUGUUCGCCUUUCUAAUUAUCAACUCAACAUUAACAUUCUUAAUUUACUAAUAACACAUUUAUAGUUAUACUUCAAAACUAUUUGUAUAUUGUAUUAAGAUUCUUUUGAAGAGUUUAUAAGGCGAUAAAGCCUAUGUGAUAUUUUAAUAGGGAUGGCGUCUUCCGACGCUGAUCUCACUUUCAAGAAAUGCAAAAUUAUUAUAAUUGGAGCUGGAAUGGCUGGAUUAUCAGCAGCGAAUCAUUUAAUUAAAAAUGGAGAGUCGGAUUUCGUAGUCCUGGAAGCAAGGAAACGUGUAGGUGGCAGAAUUGUCUCCAUUAGAGUUGAUGAAAAUAAGUUUGAGUUGGGCGCAAACUGGAUUCAUGGGGUCCUUGGGAACCCAAUGUAUGAGAUUGCAAUGGCUAAUAAUUUGAUAGACAUCAUUCACGUCCCUAAGCCACAUAAAGUAGUUGCUGCCAUGGAGGAUGGAAAACAAGUAUCAUUCAAAACACUACAGGAAAUAUAUGAGGCUUAUAUGUGCUUUUUGCAUCGAUGUGAAGAAUACUUCCUCUGCCAAUACUUACCCCCUGAAGGCAUCAACAGCGUGGGGGAACACAUCAUGUUGGAGGCUGCUAUGUAUCUGGACCGCGUAGCAGAUCCUGAAGACAGACGAAUUAAAUCUUUAAUAUUUGAUUGUUUAUUAAAAAGAGAGACAUGUAUUAGUGGUUGUGAUUCCAUGAAUGAAAUAGAUCUUUUAGAAUUGGGUAGCUAUACGGAACUCCAAGGGGGGAAUAUUAUUUUACCGUCUGGAUAUAGCAGUAUAUUGGAUCCUGUUUGUCAGGUCAUUCCGCCUGAAAAACUAUUAACAGAACAUUCUGUAACCUCAGUAAGAUGGAGGCAUCAUGACUCGGGUGUUAGUGAUCAAGGAAACGAAUCAGACGACUCUGAUAGGACCGUGACAGAAGAACCUCUAGUCAGCGAACACAGUUACACUAGUGAUCGUAGAAGUUCCUCGAUUAAAAAAACCAAAGACUUGAACAAACCGAAGGUUGAAGUGUGCUGUGAGAAUGGUGUAAAAGUGAUUGGCGAAAGUGUGAUUUGUACUAUACCACUAGGAGUCUUAAAAGAAUAUGCUGACAACUUGUUUAUACCUCCACUGCCACAGUAUAAAACGGAAGCUUUUGAAAGGCUAUUGUUUGGCACUGUCAAUAAAAUAUUUUUAGUGUAUGAACGUCCUUUUCUCAAUCAAGAUAUAUCUGAGGUUAUGUUGCUCUGGAAUGCAACUGGAGCACCAAAAAAUGAAGACUUGUCUGACUGCUGGUUCAAGAAGAUAUAUUCAUUCUCCAAGGUCACAGAAACAGUGUUACUGGGAUGGGUUUCUGGGAAGGAAGCAGAGUAUAUGGAAACCCUUUCCCAGGAUCAAAUUGCCGAUAUCUGCACACAAAUCCUUCGCAAGUUUUUAAAUGAUCCUUUUGUGCCUAGACCAAAGUUAUGUGUCUGCACUCACUGGCACAAGGAAAAGUUUACUAGAGGCUCUUACACUGCAAUUGCUGUUGGAGCGACUCAAGCAGACAUAGAAAACAUUGCACAACCUCUAUAUGCCAGUCCUUUGCAUAAUAAGCCUGCUGUGUUGUUUGCGGGCGAGCACACCCACAGCAGCUUCUACUCCACUGUACAUGGAGCGUACCUCACUGGGCGGACAGCAGCCACCCUCCUGCUCUCACCAGACUCCGCUGAACCCAACGAAAUGGUGAUAGAGUGUGAUCAGACAAACGACCUUAGCUCCUGGAUACAGGGCAUCUCGCUUGAUUAAAUGGCAUAUGUAUUUGUAGUCCAGUAUUAAACAAUAAUAUUUUAUCUAGUCAAAAACACUGGUUGAAUCAUCAAUAUAGUUGACUUAAUGUAAUGAAAAUUAAUUUGUAACAUAGCUCUAAGUUUUUACUAAUCAUCACUGCUACAAGGCUUGUCCAGAAAGUAAGUACCGUUUCGUUCUACCGCCGGCAGAGCGCUGACAACGAUGUUACACGCAUGCGCACUAGUCUCCUUGGUUAAUUGUUGAACAGCUGACGCAAUUACGACCAAAUUGUGUCUUGUUUAUAUUAGUUAGUGUGCACUCAAAAUGUUUGAAACAAUUUCUGAUUCGGUGGACUGUGAAAUGGGUUCUGUAAUACUAUUUUUGAACGCAAGGAACGUGAAGCCUGCUGAAAUUCAUCGCCGACUUACAGAAGUUUAUGGAGAAAAAGUUAUCAGUGAUGGAAUGGUAAGAAAAUGGGUUCGACAAUUCAAUGAUGGGCGAACCAAUUUUCAUGACGGGGCUUGCAGCGGGCGGCCAUUUGUUGUGAGUCAGGAAUUGGUUGAAAAAGGGAAUGUAAACAUUCGAGAAUAAGAAUGCUUUCUGAUGAAUUCACACAAAUUUCAAAAUCUCUUUUACAUGAUAUUGUGGUUAAUCACUUGAAUUAUAGCAAGAUGUGUUCCCGUUGGGUUCCAAAAAUGCUUACGCAAAAGGGUACGAAAAAUGUUCCAAUGGCGACAAAUGGCUAAACAAUGGUGGAAACUAGGUAGAAAAAUAGUUUAAGAUAUCCUCUUUCUUGUAGUAAUAAAUUUUGUAAAAAAAAAAUUAUCUAUAUGUUUUUUUCCAAAACGGUACUUACUUUCUGGACAAGCCUCGCAUUUUAAUUGAAAUGACCAUAAGAUUUUACUGUUUACCAUAAAUAUAUAAGUAUUUGAAACUUCAAAACAUUAUUAGUGAUUUUUACUAUCUUCCCCCUAUAUGGAGAAAUGAUUUUUUUCAAAAUUUUUGAGUUAGAGUUUUGGGUGGAAAUAUCCGUUUUGGGUCCCCCCUUAACCCGAAAAAAUAGUUUUCCAAAUUAUGUGUCUGUUUGUAUACAGGCGUGUGAGCGUCCAUGUGUACAGACUACACCGAUUUUGAUGAGAUUUAGUAGGCCUAUGUGGGUGAUAUUCCAUGGUAUCUAAAGGUUGUUUUUUAAAAUGGUUUUCAAAAUUUUGAUUUUAAUGGUGAUUUUUUUAUAAAACCCCAUAAAAUAACAGAAAAAAUUUUAAGAAUAAAUUACUUACGUCAAAUAGCUCAAUACUGGAUGGUAAAUUUUCAGUCAGAACAUGUUUCGACACAUUGUGUCAUCAUCAUCAUCAUCAUGAAUUUAAAGAAAAAAUGGAUAAAAAAACACUAAAAACAAUGUUGAUUACUAAUUUUAGUAAGUUAUGGUCCUUUAAACUACAAAAUUGAAGUAGCCCAAAUCCUGUAAAAAUUAGGUUUCAAAAGUUGUUGUAAUUUUUGUGAUUUUAACGAUCAAAGAUAAUAAUUAUUCACACCGCUUACCCGUUAUAAGGGUUGUUGAUAAGAAGUAUGUGUCAGUUGCUGAUACCGUUUGUUUUCAAUAAGAUCAAAAAAUAGAAUAAGCUUUUUAAUAUGCCAUUUUAAAGUUAGACAUAUCUGUUAUGAUUUUUUCAUUAGAGAAUUUGAAACUUCCUAUUCUGCUUCUUAUCUUCCAGUUUAGUUGAGAGCAGUUUUUUUUACUUACAUGGUAUUCUAGCUUAAAAGGCGAUUCUAGACUUAUAGUGAAGUUUCCAUGUUGAACGCACAACUUUUUAAACAAAAUUUGGUGAUUGUGUACUAUUAUUCUAUUUUAAUAUUACUUUUAAUGUUUUUACCUCGUUAAUUUUUUAUAGAAAUCUCUUCAAAACCCCCCAGUACAAAGUAAUAGUUUCUAUUUUUUUGGUGGGUUUUUUUCCUGAAAGGUACAACAAUUGUUUUCCUAAGUAAGACCAUACUUUUUUGCUUGGGUCGUCGUAAACAUCAAAUCAUAUUAAAAGAUCAUUUUCAUUGCUCCCUCUAGAGGAAAUAAAUAUAUUUGCGGCUCAAAUGAUCAGCAAAAGUGAACAGUCAUUAAGAUUAGGUUUUUCUAAGGGUUCUGCUGUUUAAGAUUAGUACCACUUAACUACCAUUAAUUUUCUGUAUGACCUUUUGAAUAUGUAAAGCAAUACUUAUUUUAUUGUUAUUUUUAGACAAAAAUAAAUUUUACUACCCAAUUGUUGUCAAUGAGAGGUAUUUUUUCAGACACCAAUGUCCAUAGAAUGUUAAUCUCUGUGAAUUAUCUUAAGUGUUUUGGACUACACAGUUGUGUGUUAUAUUGGUAUGAAAGAAGUUUUAACCAUAUUUAAUAUUUAAAAUUCAUUUUCAUAGCCCCAGGAUUGCGUUUAUAUGAAAAAUAAUGGCUAAACCUACCUCACCAGACAAUGAUUGUUACUAGUUACUACAUGUCUAGGAUUGUCUGACGAGGUACGUUUAGCCAUUAUUUGUCAUAUUUAAUAAUCACUCAAGUAUUAACAAUGCCACAAACUGGUGAUGAAAUGGAUCACAAUAUUACUUGAAUAUAUCAUAGAAGCCUUGCUGAUAGGUGGGUCAGAAAAACUACUUCUAUAAACUACUAUAUUUAUAUAAACUACUUCUAG